AUGUCUCGACCACUGUCUAUAAGACUUGACUUUUUGAAAAACUCCGCCCAUUUUCUCAGCCUGCGGAGCCCAUCGACAUCUGCUUAUCUGAUGACGGCUCGUAGCAAUAUCAUAGUGUUUGAUGGGUCUUCUUAUACUACUACGGGAGACGAGACGGAAGCCUGUCCUGCGUGUGGAAGUAUUCGGACUCCGGGCGUGAACAGUAGGGUCUUCACAAGAACCGAAGCACCACCAAAACCUACACGGCUUAUGCAAAAACCACAGCACGAGGCUCCAUCCAAGACUCCAUCGAUGCAGAGAUGUGUGGUAUAUGAGUGCACACGAUGUAAGCACGAGGUGGUUCAGCAUCUUCCGCAACCUACGAGGCAAAGGAGGAGAAGAGAUCUACCCAUUGCUCCAUCAGUCAACCCAUCAAUGCCUUCAAAUACUGGGAUGAGCCAGAUAGCGAGCACCGGCUCUGGAGCUUCCAAGACGGGUUCCGAGAAUGCCAGCAGCAAGAAGCGAGCAAAGUUGAGAAAACAAAAAGGCCUACUAGCCAGCCUCUCAACAGAGAAGCAACGUUCUCAACUCCAGUCUAAGCCGGCAAAUUCACUGGAUCUUAUGGAUUUCUUUCAAUCAACGUAG